AUAGAAACAAAGGGGGGAAAAGAGUUGAAGAAGGAUAAACAAGAUAUAGAAACAAAGGGGAAAAAGGAGUUGAAGAAGGAUAAACAAGAUAUAGAAACAAAGGGCAUAAAACAGACGAAGAAGGCUGUCAAAUUUAGAGAAACCAUAAUCAAAUAUGAUGGAAAAACACCGAAAGGGAAAGCAGUAAAAAAGACGGUGGUACCUGAAGACAUGGUUCGGGCAGGCACAAAGAUCCAGGCCUGGUGGCGGGGCACACUGCUGCGAAGAACCCUGCUGCACGCUGCCCUCAGGGCAUGUGUUAUUCAGUGCUGGUGGAGGCAGAUACGAACCAGGCAACUGCAGAAGCAGCAACAGGAAGCGCUGGAGUUCUAUAAGCUGCAAAUCGGGGCAACAGUGAAGCUGCAGUCCUGGGUCCGAAUGUGGCUCGUCCGCCAGCGAUACCGUGAUAUGCUCAAUGCUGUCCACAUCAUCCAAGAGCACUGGCAUGGUAAUAUUUGCCAGAUCCAUGAUACUUUCCAGGGAAGCUAUGAGCUUACAGGAAGCCACCUACAACUUCAGCUUGAUAUCUGCAUGGGAUCUCAGGUUUGUCGCAUUUCGGACUGCAUCCCAUUUCCAAUAAAGAACUAA